CGUUUUACAGAGAAACGCAAUUACGUCUUUGUUUCAUUAUUCCCAAUUAACCAAGAGUGAAACCCCAUUAUAAAACAACAUUUUCUGCAAAUAUUUCACGAAACAUGGAAAAAUUGAGGUUUGAUUUUGCUGUGAAACCGACUUCAGAUGAAAAUCCAACAUCAUACGCAUAACCUCAAUAGCUACACCUGAUGGACAGAUUUUUGGAAUACCAGCCGAAGACCAACCUGCAAAUCUACACCAAGAAAUUACAAAUACUCCCAACUAUGCCAAGAUCAGAAAAUCAUUAAAUAAAAGACAUCAAACAAGAAAAAUAUGGAUAACCUUGACAGAUGAUAUAUCAAAAGUAUAUUUGGAUGGAGAACAAAACUUACAGUUUAAUGAUUUUUAUCUAGAAGAAAUUUUGGAAGAAACAAAUAGUGCUGAAUCUAUACCUAGUGGCUCAAAUCAAACGUUGGAAAAACUGUUGGAAAAAUUGCUUGAAGAUAAACAAACAAAAUCUGAAUCUCAAAAUUUAGGGAAAAUUGCAAAGGAUUUCAUGAUUGAGAAAUUCACUGGCAGAAACUCAAAUGCUUACGAGUGGAUUAAAGAUUUUAAUAAAGAAUGUGAACGUUUCCAAAUCAACGAAGACAAAAAGAAAAUUGAAAUUUUAAAAAACUUUUUGGGAUAUUCCAGUGUAGAUUGGUACAACUGCUAAUGAAACUUACAAUGGAAUCGGAAUGGAACAGAUGGGAGAAAAAUUUUUGUGAGACGUUUGCAAACAAAGGAUGGUCACCCAUCAGAUAUGCUCUUGCCUUUAAAUAUCAAGCAGACCUUAUAGCAUUUGGCUUACCUAAUUAUGUGGCUGAUAAAGUUGACAGAGAAACUUUACAAGGAACGGAAGAUCUCUACAAUGAAAUAGGAAAAUUGGAACAUCUUGCCGGGAAGAAUAAAUACGAUAAAAAAAGUAUUAUAUAUUCUGGCACUAAAUCCAAAAAAAUUGAAGAAAAAAAACCAUGCCAAAUUUGUGUCAACGAAAAAAAAGGAAAACGUUACCAUCUUGAAGACAAUUGCUGGUUUAAAGGGAAAAAUCAAAAAGCAGUUGUCAAAAUUGUAAAUAACUCGGAACUGGAAAUUGAACUGAACGAGAAGUUCCACCCUUAAUACAAGUAAAAUUACUAUUAAAUGAUACUUUAAAAGUUUCUGGAAUUUAUGAUUCAGGUUCAAAUGUGUCAUUAAUUAAUGCAAAAUUAUUGAAGAUACAACCAAAAGAAAUUACAAGUAAUAUACAAAUGGUAAAUUUGAAAACUAUCAAUGGUGAGAAGAAAACAAAAGGUAUGGUAACAUUAAAAAUAAAAAUCUACAAUAUGGAAAGAAUUAUGGAUGUUUUUGUGGUAGAUAAUGAAAAUUUUAAGUACGAUUUUCUAAUUGGUUUGGAUUGUAUCAAAGAUUUCAAAUUAUUGCAAAAUGAAGAAUUGAAAAUCAUACAAUGUAACAAUCCAAAAAAAAGAAUGUAAC